CUGUCUCAAGCCGUGGAAGUUGCGCGCCGCUCACGGGAAAGGGGAUCCGAGUCACUUUCCGACACGGACCUGGAAGCGUUUCUACACUACUCGGCAGCUGGCUCACUUUCAGAGGAAUGUACAGACAGUCGCAUCGCUGACGCGCUCGCGGCGGUGGACACUGCCGUCCGAAGACGGGUGGGCAUCUGGCGGGCCGCAACGUGGCUUCCCGGCGAUCUCAACGGCAAGAUCAAGUGCGCAAGAGCGCGGGCGGAAGAUGCGCUCCUGCCACCGCGUGCCUGGACAGGACGACAGCGUUCUCAGUCGAACGAGGAUGCGGCGUGCCUCGCACUAACAGAACUGAUCUCAAAGCUGAGGACCCAACACCCUACUGAAGUCAGGUUGACUGCCGACUUCUAUAAGUUACUCGAAUCAGUUGAUGACGCCGGCUGCCUGCGGUUCACGCCUACUGAGCAACAGCUUACCGCAGCGACGCUGCUGCUCCGCGACUUUAUCGUGGAGAUGGACGCAGGUGAGGGUAAGACGCUCGCGUCUGUAAUGGCCGCCGCGGUGUUCGCAGCAUCUGGACGCAGCGUGCACAUUCUCACGGCGAACGACUACUUAGCCACCCGCGACUGCGACGCUCUGGCGCCCGUGCUCGAAUCGUUGGGGCUUACAGUCGGACUGGUUAUCGAUGGUAUGGACAGGCAGGAUCGAGAGAUCCAGUAUGCGGCCCAGAUCGUGUUUACCACCGCACGCGAAGUCGGCUUCGACUAUCUGCGAGAUAGCGUAGCCGAGUCGUUCGACCGGCGCGUAAACCCGACUUUCGACGUCGCAAUUGUUGACGAGGCGGACCACCUGCUCAUUGACCAAGCCAGGACACCACUGAUUAUCUCCGGUGAUAGGAUCCCUGAACCAGUACUCGGACCGGACCUGGAGGCCCUUGCUAUCGAAUUGAUAGAGAAGCAGUCGGUCUCUAUCGAUGCGCUAUACCAGAACCUGGCGCUAGAGGCAAAAGCUCUCUCCCAGAAUCUAGCGAAGAUACUCCUGGCUGGCGGGUUAACCCCCAGACUGGAGUCCGAACUGGACAGGCAGGGCAUCUCCACACGCCAGGUCUUCAGCGACCUCUGGCGUCUGAACGACGAGGACGAAGGCAGUCCACUGGAGCGAGACCUCCUAUUCGCAAUCGACCCAGACCGGUCGACGCUGCGACUGACUGAACAAGGUUGGGAGGAAGUGUACGGUAGGGUCGACGGCCCAGUAUCCGCCUUCGGGACGAUCCAGGCUCUGAGAGCGAGGGUCCUUCACGACGCCGGAACUGACUAUGUACUGGACCAGGGCGACAUCACUCUCGUAGACCGGCUCGAUGGGCGACCAAUGUUUUCCCAUCGUUACAUGCACGGCCUACACGAGGCGCUUGAGUCCAAAGAGGGCCUGGGCCGCCAUAAUCGCGCGGACGCUAAGGCGCGCACCUCGAUAAGGGCGCUAAUGUCGAAUUACAAGACUGUCGCCGGACUCACAGGUACCGCAAUGGAGGCGGCGGACACCUUCGCACGUGAGUACGGUAUCCAGACCGUCCGGGUUCCCGCCGAAUCCGAGUCCCCGCAGGACGGACAUGGGCGCGGAGGUCUUCUUCGACCGAGACGAACACAUUGA